AUUGGUACGUGGGUUAAUCAUUUCUCAUGGUUUCUAAAGGUCAAAUAGUUCGGGAAAAGACAUAAACGAACAUAAGGAUACAUAAGGCGUCUUUUUGUUGCUACGCAAUUUUCGCGACAAGCAGCUCACAAAAUGCAAAUGAAGCACAAAGUGGUUGGCAACGUAGCUGUAGGUGUUGCAUGACAUUGUUGGAAGAGAGCAGUGAAUUGGCUCUUAUCAAUCAUUGGCGACAAAGGCCUUCUCAACCUAGAUGCUCAAGAACAUUGAGAGACUUAGCAUGGCUUAGACAAGUUUCUUCAGAGUCAUCAGCAUCAUUCAACAGCAGUUCUCAACAGUUGGCAACUCCGCCAUAGGCUUUCACCCAUGAAGGGAAAGGGCGGCAUGCCAAGGAUGUAUGGCCCGGUGGAGAACCGGGUCUAUGUGAGCAAUUUGCCCUGGAACAUUGCAUGGCAGGAGUUGAAGGAUCACAUGAAAACCGUCGGGGACGUGGUCUACGCUGAUCUUUUCACCGAGGCCGGACGCUCUCGUGGCUGUGCUUUGGUUUCCUUUAGAUCUCCAGAGGACGCACAACGAGCAGUGAUGGAGCUCCAUGACACAGACCUCGGAGGAAGGAAGAUCAUCGUUCGCGAGGAUCGCGUGGAUCAAUCCACUCCAUCAAAGGAGUGUCGGGUCUAUGUUGGCAACCUAUCUUGGCAAGCUACGUGGAGAGAUCUCAAAGACCAUUGUCGGGCUGUCGGGGAGGUGAGGAGAGCAGAUGUCGCCGGGGAUCUUGAUGGCAAUCCUAAAGGUUACGGCAUUGUGGAGUUCGCCAGCCCUGAGGAGGCACAGGCUGCCGUGGAACAGCUCACAGGCACUGAUCUCUUAGGACGAGAGAUUUUUGUGCGAGAAGAUCGCGAGCACUCUCGCGCGACACUCUCGUGGGUCACUCUUGUAGGACACUCUUGUAUGCGAGGCUCUUGUGGCACACCCUUGCAGGACACUCUUGUGGGAAACUCUUGUGGGGUGCUUCGCGACACUCUUGCGUGGCGCUCUUGCAGGAGAGUCACUUGCGCCACCAAGGCUUCGAGAGGCGCAUCCAGCUACGGCGGCUAUGGUUAUAACGAGCAAGGACCCUACACAAAGGUCUUCGUUGGAAAUUUGCCGUACUCUGUGACAUGGCAGCAGUUGAAGGACGAGAUGCGACAAGUGGGUGAGGUGCAACACGUCGAGCUCUUCACCGAGAACGCCGAGCCACACGGCCGCUCCAAGGGCUGUGCAGUCGUGGAGUUUGCGACCUUUGGUGCAGCCAAACGGGCUGUACAGUACUUGCACGACACGAUGCUACAAGGCCGGUAUAUGUACGUGAGAGAGUACUACGAGGGUGCACGGAGAGAAGGUUGGGAUGCCGGAAGACAGUUCCCCAAGUUUCGAGUUAAGGCGACAGAGGCUCAAUAAUGCCGUCUGGCCAAGUGGAAAGAUGAGCAGCACUGGCAUAGCACUUGCAUAUUGAGCCCUCGACACGAACUCCGGCCGGCUUCUACCAAACUGUGAGAGAGUCGGCGAAUGGCACUGGCCUGCCAAAACCUUGGUGAACAGGUCUGGAUCAUGAUGACCCUCA